GAGUUCUCGGUUUCAGUUGUCAUCUUUGUUGCGAGUAAAAACGUACCCUCGCAAUUUACUUUAGUGCCUUAAAAAUUACCGUUCAACAAAAUUGUCGCGUUUCCUAAAAAUCUCAUGUUAAUCCGAUCCAUCUAUACAAAUUGCCUUAACUUUAUAAAUAACUCGACAAAUUAAGAAAGUUCUCUAUUUCGAAGUGCACUUCAUUGUUACUGGGUUUGGUGAAAACAGAAUUCCAGCACUUUUAAAUUGCAAGUCGGACUACUGAAUCAUUUGGGUUCUCUGUAACUCAACCGUACAAUUUCUAGUUAGGGUAGUGAAGUGUUAAAACCAUGGCUGCUUCGCGAAGAAAGCAAGACGAAAAAAAUCUAAAAACUUUGCGUGAACUAGGAGUCCUACUUGCCAAUAAAUAUUGUUUUGAUUGUAACCAACGCGGCCCUACAUACGUGAACGUUACCAUUGGAUCCUUUGUUUGUACAAAAUGUUCAGGAAUGCUACGUGGCAUCACACCUCCACACCGAGUCAAAUCUAUUUCUAUGGCAACAUUCACCAACGAAGAAAUAGACUUAUUGAAAAACAGAGGCAACGAUUACUGUCGUCAGGUAUGGUUAGGAUUAUACGAAGGAACGCCGAUAGUUAGUCCAGGGGAUGAAACGUCAAUUAAGGAAUUUAUGGUAGAAAAAUAUGAAAGGCGAAGGUAUUACCUGGAUCCGGUAAAUGUAACUGUAAAUAAUAUCAAGCCAGCCGAAGAAACAAAAACACCAAAAGUCAACGGGAUUCAGAUCCAGCCUAAACAGAGACAACGCUCAGAGAUCAGCAGGAACAACUCAGUGGAGAACAAUAAUCUAAUAAAUAAUAUUAAUAAUAAUAAUAGCUCCAAUAUGAACGGAUUCGUAGCCGAUUUCGACAAAGCAGACAUCUUCAUGGGUGCCAGCACCACGACGUUAAAUGGUAGUUCCACUAGCUUAAAUGGUCCUGCAGCCAGAUUACAGCCGCCACAGAACAGUUUUGCCAAUUUCGAUAAUAAUCCAGUGUUUAACAACGUAAAUGUUCUACAAAACUCGUCAACAGAUCUGCAAAAUCCAUCUCCAUUCAACUACAUAAACAACAGUUGGGACCAGCUUACGCCCGUUGCGCCACUGAACAAUCCUCUGAACAGUACUAUGUCAGUUCGACCAACAGAAGACAGAUAUGCCGCUCUCAAAGAUUUAGAUAACGAAUUUAAGUCUCAGAAGAACGGUAGCUUGGAUUGGAGCAACAGCUCGACUGGAUCUUCGAUACCCACAGGCUCAGUAAACAGCUCACCUUCGCCUCAGCCUUCCGUUUUUGGAUCCCACAACCCAGGUCAGUUUAUGGGUACGUUCCCUUUGAACCAAGACAACACAUCCAACUUAGUCUCAAAUCCAUUUAACAAUAACGAUUUAACAAGUGACAUCAAUUGGCCCAACCUAAAUCCACCGUUACAACAAAAAUUAGUUAAUCCAUUUAGAGAUAUAAUGAAAACAAAUGGCUACAUGCAGGAUUUCCAUCCAGUAGGAGCCUUUCCGCCUCAAGCUGUGCCUUUUGCCGUUAACGGAACCAACGGAUGGACCCAAAAUCCUUUUAAGGUAGGGGGAACAAACGGUAUGAACUCGAAUAAUCCAUUUUUAUGAGGAGAAGUUUUUAAUUUGACGCAGUUGUACCCUAAGAAUAUAAAAAGAUGUUUUAGCUCCACUAAUUUUUAAUAGAUGUAUAUAUCAUUAAAAACACACGUUACCUCUCUAUCCACCUCUCUAACGUUUAUUUCAUCAACUGGCGCGGUCAAGAACAAAGUCUUCAAAUCAAAAUAGUUUUUAAUGUUUAUCGAACUAACAGGUUUUUUGAAAGUUGGAUAUAUUGAUCACGUUUUAAAAAAGCAAAUGUGUUUUGGAAUGUUGUUUAUUUCGAAUAAAAUGGUAAAUUGUGAAAAAUUGUCACUUGCAACCAUUAAUCUUAAUUUUGUUUUUUAUAUUUUUUGACACAAAUAUUCAGUUUUUUAAUCAAUUUGUGUAAUUAACUAAUUUUAUUGCAAAUGAUGCUGCUAGAUCAAUGAGUUUUCUAGUAUAGACUCUGUGAGUUUGGCAACAAUUCACACCAAAAGUGUUGCAGUCUUGCAAAAAUUGCUGCAAAAAGUAGCAACUUGAUGUUAAAAGUUAAUUUAGUCAACAAAUUGAAAUAUUUUUUAAUGUUGACAUAUCCUGUGUUUCAAAUCCGGCUCGAAGGACCAAUAUGUGUAGCUAUACGCUAUGAAGUACUUGAUGUUUACUUCACAAUGAGAAACACUAUGAAAUGCUAUGUAUUUAAUUGCAUUUAUACAUCGUGACAAUGGUAUUUGUCUUGAUUUCUAAAAGUGAACUGACAUACUGAGUUCUAAAAAGUGAACAAUAACAUUGAAGAAAGCUGGGAAAAACUCAAAGGAUAAUUAACGUAGCAACAGGCUCACUUGGAGAGCGGAAAAUAAUGAACACUAAGAUAUCAAAAAGGAAAACUCUAUGGUUUUUAGACGAAGACAUGAGAAAAUGUGAAGAAAAGAAGAAAGCCUUUUUACAAAACAAAACACAACAGUUACACAACCACUAAAACGAAUUAGAAAUGAAAUGAAUACUUUAGAUAGACAAAUAAGAAGAAACGCUGGCAGAACUUCUCAAAACAAAUGCAACACGACUUCUACGGAAUACAAAAACAAAUAUGGAGAAUUAUCGGAGGGCAAAGAAAGGAGAUGAACGAAUUAAUAAAAGCGAAACACAUUCAAAAGGAAAUAUGGGUAGACUACUUUUGAUCUUUAUUUGCUAAAGAUGACGAUGAUGAACCACCAAUACCAGAAUUGACGACAAACGGAGUAGUAAACGUUGAGAAGGAAGAGUUAAGGGACGCAUUAAGAAAUUUAAAAAAUGGAAAAUCAAGGGAAAACGAAAAAAAAAUUAAUGGAACAAAACAGAAUACCAUAAGAAUGGGCAUCAAGCAUAUUAAUACCUCUUCAAAAAGGGAGGCGAAUCGGACCCGAAGAAUUACAGAGGAAGUAAUUUAUUAACACAUUGCCUGCCACACACCUUUCUCAAAAAGUUUCAUGGGGCGCCUCACCAAGAAAGUUGAUCAACUCUUGGAGGCCAUGUCAGACCAAUAUGACCGACGAAAAAUUUUACGAUGAGGCCAUGUCGGUCAUAUAUGACUGACACGAUAGAUUUUGAAUACUCUUCUAUCACUCAAAAUUACGUGAGGGUAUAUGGAUUUUUAUAUACAAUUUUGUUGUUGUGGCGUCCAGUGAUGCUUCAUUAAAAUAUUGGUGACGGUCCAAGAAAAAAUAAUGGUAAAUUAAAAGAAAAAAAUAUUUUUUAUUUUUGCCAUUCAAAAUUGAAACAAAACCAAGAAAAUAUAAAUUUAUUACGUAUGAAUAUUUUUAAAGCAGUCCAUGCACAUACAGAGUGAGUUUUAUGUAUGGAAACCCUCAAUUAUCACGGAAAGGGCUUGCACGAUUUUGAUAGAUUUUGGCGGAUAAAUGUUUUCUAAUACGGCCGAUAUUAUAGUGGUAAUUACAUUGUUGUCAUAUUUUCCGUUUUUCUGGAAAUCUAAUGAACUUUCUUAUUUCAGAUAGAACACCUUGUAUAUUUUUUGCGUUUUGAAGUCCUUAAGAAAUACUGAUUAUUUUUUAUGUUAUAUUCCCUAUACCUAUGCCAUAAUUUCGGAGUCAUUGCUAUAUUUAUUAAAAAAAAAUUUUUUAAAAUUAUAAAAAUCAAUUUUUUAGGCCUGGGUAACUUUGAAUCAUUGGGAACAAAAAAGAGAUCUUCUGUAAUUUUUCUCUAAAAUUAAUCGUUUCCGAGUUAAAAACAGUUUAAAACUAAAAAAAUCGAAUAAUGACGAUUAUGAAGGUUCAAAAACACACAUAAAAAAUAUUAUUUUUGUAACUACGAAGUACCCAAAUUCAAGUUCAAGCCUUAUUUUAUCAGUUACCGAUAAGUAAUUUGAGCUCGUUUUAUUUUAAAACAUUGUUUUUUAGUUGUUAAUGGAUCGUCCGUCCGCUCAUAUGCGCUUCAUUAACAAUUAAAAAGCAACGUUUUGGAAUAAAACGUGACAAAAAAUGUUACGGCGAGCUCCUAGAAGAAAAGUUGAGCUUGAAUUUAGGUACUUCGUAAUUUCGAAAAUUAUAUUUUUUACUUGUGUUUUUGAACCUUGAUAAUAGUCAUUAUUCGAUUUUUUUCAGUUUUAAAUUGUUUAUAACUCGAAAACGAUUAACUUUAGAGAAAACUUUACAAAACACCUUUCUUGUUUCCAAUGAUCCAAAGAACGCAAAAUAAUGUCUACCCGGGCCGAAAAAAUCGAUUUUUAUAAUUUGUUAAAUUUUUUUUUUUUAAUAAAUGUAGCAAUAACUCCGAAAUUAUGGCAUUUAGGUAUAGAAAGUAUAAUAUGAAAAAUAGUCAGUAUUUCUUCAGGACUUCAAAACCCAAAAAAUUACAGGGUGUUCCAUUUGAAAUAAGAAAGUUUAUUAGAUUUGCAGAAAAACGGAAGAUCUGACAACAAUGCAAUUAUCACUAUAAUAUCGGCGGCAUUAGAAAACCCCUACCCAUCACAAUCUAUAAAAAUCGUGCAAACCGCUUUUGAGAUAAUUGAGGGUUUCCAUACAUAAAACUCACUCUAAGGACAAUCUAUAAGUCACUUUUUUACCUUCUUUCUGGCUUCCGAUCUUCCUAGAGAACCAAUCAAAUGCCUGUAACAAGGCUUGCAAAUACAACUAAUUUUUUUGUCUUUGGUCAAUGCAUGUUCUGUUUUUUUCAUUUGUUGUUCUCUUGGUUCUAUGUCUAACAUUUGUUGAACCAGCUGUUCUAUGCAGCUGUGAAUGCAAAUGACGCGGACUCUACCAAAAUAAGUUUUCGGGCAGGCCACGUCAGUCACAAUUAGGCGCCGAUUUUUAAAUAAACAAAACUAAUGUUUUUUAUCAUGCAAUAAUUUUUUGCUGUGGCCUCCCACGAACUUUAUUAGAAAAUGUCUGUGGCCCCCAGUGAAACAACAUUGUCACUCAUUUAUGACCGACAUGGCCUACAGCAAAAAAAAUUUGUCAGUCAAUUUUGGGUGACGUGGCAGGCAAAAACACAAUAUUAAAACAAAUGAAUGAAAGAAGAAGAUAAAAUAAAACACAUACUUUGGCCCACUAGAAUCUUUACUACCCUCUAAUGUCCUAAUACAGACAUCGUCCAAUUUCCAUUUGAUACGAAAUUAACAAAUAUACGAUUGCUCUUGUAAUAGAAUCUCUUAGCUUAUAUUGAAUAGAUCGUAAAGUCUGCAAGAGCAAGUACCAACAACAACAUAUGUAGUGAGCGUCAAAAAUUCACCCUUCUCAGCUAUUUUCUGAACCAUAGAAAAUAAAUACAGUCCGUCUAAUAUACUUACCGUUGCACGUCAUUAUCUACGUCAGAGAUCUAAGUUGACAUAGUUGCCAAAGUAUAAAAAAAUCCUGAAUCCAUUUUAAAUCAAAUAGAUCACACAAUUAUUGCAAACGUGGAUUAUACAACAAAACAAAUUAAAUAUUCAAUGUAAAUAAAUAAACUCUUUAUAAAUAGAGAACAAGAAUUAAGUUAUACGUUAAAGUAAAUAAUAAAAACAGUUAAUAUAAUAAAACAAAUACUUAUAGUAAAGAAUAUAAACAAAUAUGAAGUGUCAUCACCGCAACUGUCAAAUGGAUGUUAAUAAUUUAUGCUAAAAUGUCACCUUCAUUCGAUUACAGUUACAGUGUGUUCCGAACAAAUGUGAUUCAUAAAAACGCUUUAUAAUCCAUUUAUACAAAUUAAAUGAAACAUUAUUGUGUAUUUCUUUAAGUUAACAUUAAUAGAACUCUUCAAAUAUUAUUUCUACGCGUAUAUAAUAAAAUAUGUCUAGUGGCUGUAAUUCCAGUGUACUCGGCAAAAUGAUUGUAAAAAAGAACACACCUACAGCCUAAAUAUUUCGUGUUGGUAUCAUGUGACGUCACGGGCUAUGACGCGGAUGACGUGCAACGGUAAGUAUAUUAGACGGAGUAUAGUUGAAUAACUGAGCUAUGACUUAAUAGUUUAAAUACCCGACGAGCACAACUUUGUAGAAUUAGUUAAGGAAUCAUAUGGCCGUCUGCAACAAAUAAAUUUAUUUUUCCAGAUACUCACAUUCUGACAAAAGCUUUUAACUAAACUAUUGCUUGCCAAUGAUCCCACUUAAAAUAAUUUUACAAAAUGGCGCCCUUUCGUUAUUGUGGAUGAUUGUAACUGUCAUCCUAAAGAUAACUAUUGUAUAGCUUAUUUCAGUUACCCAAAAAUGGAUUCAUUUCAGUUUUAUGAUUCAAAAAAUAGUUGGGUGUGGACUUUAGACGUGCAAAUUAAUAUACACUAAGCAUCAAAAUUAACGCACCACUUUAAAACUGGGACAUUGUUGAUGUCUCGUAUUUCCUAAACCUGUUGUCAGAUUUUAGUGAUCUUUUUAGUGUAUUAUAGCUUUAUUCUUCAAAAAUAUCGACGUAAUAAUAUUAUUGCUAAAGAUGUAAGUGUCAUUGUCUACCGGGUGUAACAAUGAUAGUGUGUUUUUUCCUCGAAGUUUGGAACACCCUGUGGAAUAUUCUAGCGUAUAUAAAAUAUUGAAAUUAAAACUCGACUGUAGCCUUAGGCUUUUUUAACAUUUUGCUUUUUGAAUUAUUCACUUAUGUGGGAUAAUAAAAAAGUUAGGCACUUUAAGAACUAGCCAUGUUAUUCAUCAAUACAGGGUGCUUCUAAAUAAGUACAGCAAACUUUAAGGGGUAAUUCUGCAUGAAAAAAUAGUGACCGUUUGCUUUAUAAACAUAUGUCCACAAAUGCUUCGUUUCCGAGAUACGGGAUGUUGAAUUUUUUCUUACAAACUGACGAUUUAUUUAUUGCUCUAAAACCGGUUGAGAUAUGCAAAUGAAAUUUGGUAGUUUUUAAGAGGUACUUAGCUAUUGCGCAAUUUUUGGCAUACAAUUAAGAAUUUUAUAGUCACCACUGCCGUGUAUACGGGAUGUAUCUAAAAUGUUUAUAUCCGUAUGCACGCCAAUGGUGAAUAUAAAAUUCUUAGUUGUAUGUCAAAAAAUGUGCAAUAACUACCUCUUAAGGGGGGGUAUAGUAUUUUUGAUUAUUUUUUUCGAUUUUUUUUUAUUGGCUUAUUUGAUUGUAAAUAUUUUCAGGAGUAUACCAUUAAAAUUUCAAGUUAAUCCGAGCAAAAUUGACGGAGAUAUGGAUAUAUACAAAAAUUUUCUUAGUAUUAUAUUGACAAAACUACAUUUUUUAAACGCGUUUUCUGAAAAACAUGUUUUUUUUAGGCGGUGUACAUCAUAACUCAAAAAGUACUGCACCGAUCUUUCUGAAAUUUUGCACACUUCUUUUUUAGAUAUUUUACUAGGUAGUGACGUCGAGUUUUUGCUUAUUAUAAUAUUUUUUUUGUUUAUAUUACCAUUUUUCUCUUUACUGAACACACUUUUUUUUAUUUUUCGAUUUUUUCACUUUAAAGUUAUACCAUGAAUUUAAAAAUCAAUAUAAUCAUAAAAACUCGACGUCACUACCUCAAUAAACUCUUAAACUAAAAUAAUCUUUUUGGUUUAUAUGUUUCAAAUGAUUAUGUCCGAAGAUAUGGUGUACACCGCAAAUCAUCUUCUUUUUUCGAUCAUCUACUUAAAAAUGACGCCACUGCUUCAUUUUUUAAUAUUUUUCAAUAUAAAUUUAACUGAAUAAUCUUCAAGUGUUGUUCUUUAAGAUAUCCUUUUACCCAUUUAAUUUAAACCUACCACUUUCAAGGGAAAACGUUUUAAAAUUAUGCAAAAAAAACGUAAAAUUAACUAUACCCCCCCCCCCUCCUUUAAAACCUACCAAAUUUAAUUUGCAUAUCUUAACCAGUUUUAGAGCAAUAAAUAAAUGUCAGUUUGUAAGAAAAAAUUCAACAUCCCGUAUCUCGGAAACAAAGCAUUUGCGAACAUAUGUUUAUAAAGCAAACGGUCAUUAUUUUUUCAUGCAUAAUUAUCCCUUAAAGUUUGUCGCACUUAUUUAGAAACACCCUGUAUUGAUGAAUAAUAUUGCUAGUUGUUAAAGUACCUAACAUAAGCGAAUGAGUUAAAAAGCAAAACGUUAAGAAAGCCUAAGGCUGAGUUUUUAACUCAAAUCGGACAACAGGUUUAGGAAAUACGAGACAUCAAAAAUGUCCCAUUUUUAAGGUGGUGCGUUAAUUUUGAUUCUUAGUGUAGAAUAUCUAUAUGAUUCUUUGCCAUUGUUAGUAAUCAGAAAAUGGUCAUAUUUUUAAAGAUAACUGUGUAGUUUAUUCCAGUUACGCAAAAAUUUAUUAAUUUAAAGUUCAAAAACAAGAUGGGGGUGGGUUUUAAACGUGGAAAUUAAUAUAGAAUAUCUAUACGAUUCUUUGCCAUUGGUAGUAAUCCUGAAAUGGUCGAAUUUUUAUUGUACUUUAUUGAAAUAAUUAAUAGAAAGAACUUUGAAGAAAAGCUUUCUCUAUUUAUAUUUUUUGAAAUAUACAAUGUAUACAUUAUAAAGACAUACCGAUAUUAAGCUCAAUGGAGGUUCAUAGGAGAUUAUGUUUAUGUUGCACUAUUCUGUUAAGAUGUUCUAUAAUCUAUAAGAUUGUAGUUUUUUUUUGCAUUUUUAGGUUGAAACAUUUUAUUACGAUUAGUUUACGGGAAUAAAGUACAUUAUUUGACUUUAAUUAUUAAUUUGAAAUUGGUAUUUUGAAAAUGAAAAUUUGAAUUUGGCUUUCAGUCAAUAAAAGCACCAUGUUCAUACGUCAAAACAUGUCGUGUUGGAUUGAAAUGAAAUUGAAAAAAAAUAGUAUCUGUUUUGUACAUCAUUUAAAAAAUAAAAUUAUGUUACUAACAUAACUCUGUUAUAACAAUCUUUAUUUUUUUUAUUAAAAUAAAAUUAUUAAUACAUGCCAUUUUUCUAUUAAUAAUAAAGUACAAUGUAUAUUGAAGUAUUUGCUUCUUGGUGACACUUGUAAUGACAGUUGAUAUAUAGGUGGUGCUACCGCCAUUCGACCUGGAAUAUUUUAUUAUUUCAAAAUAUAAAUACGUGUAUUAAUUGUUCAACUUUCGAAUAAAAGACAUUUUUUAUUUUACCCAUUAACAAUUUCUUUAUAAGAUGUAAUUUAUUGUUUUUUGUUAAGGUGUAUUUAUUUUAUAUCAUUUGAAAGAAACUUUUAUCAAAGGUAUGCCAAAAACGCUUUCAUCUAUGUAUUGUUUAUUAUAACUUUUAGAUUAGUUACAAAAAUAUAUUUAUUUGAGUACGCUUA